AUGGUAAUGCCAUGUGGAGUCGAGUAGAAAUACUGGAGUAAUUGUUUCUGUGAUAUCAGCUUAUGUCAGCUGUCACUGUCACAGUCGUUACGGGAACACAAGAAGAUGUCAAGAUUGAUAGUGAAGAAUCUUCCUAAAGGGAUUAAGGAGGAAAAGCUCAAGACCUUAUUUUCAACUCAAGGUAAUAUUACUGACUGCUCACUGAAGUACACCAAAGAUGGCGUUUUCAGAAAGUUUGCCUUUAUUGGAUUUCAAAAUGAGGAGGAAGCAAGGAAUGCUCAGAAAUAUUUUGAUAAAUCAUUCAUCAACACCUCAAAAAUUCAGGUCAGUUUGGCCUCAAGCUUCGGUGACAAAGAAAAGCCAAGAGCAUGGAGUAAAUAUGCUAAAGACAGCUCAGCAUUUAAGACUCUACACCAAGCAGAGGAAGAUGCCAAACAAACGGGCAAAGCAGAAAUUCUGAGUAAAGCGGAAAAAAAGAAAAAAGCCAAAGAAGAAAGAAUAAAGGAAAUGUUAGGUGAUGUAAGUGAAGAAUUUUUGUCUUUUAUAAUUUUGUAUCCCAAUCUAAAAGACGAUCCAGGAUUUGAGGAAUUUCUGACAAUUCAUCAAAAUUUAGGAGUUAAAUCGACAUGGGGAAAUGACACAGUGGCAAUGCAGCAAACGAAAGGGGAGACAACUGCAGUUGAGAUGGAUGUGGACGAUGACUCUGGUCAUUCGUCAGACGAGAGUGACAGAGAAAUGGAAGCAAAGCCAAUGACUGCAGACAAACAGACUAAAGAUAAGUCAAACAAAGAGGAAGACAAAGAAGCAAACAAAAAGGGACUUUCUGACUUAGAGUACCUCAAAUCCAAGAUGGCGUCUGAUGAGCUGGAUGAGUCAUCAUCAUCAUCAGAUGAGGAAGAAGAGAGCUCACCAAAGGGAGGUAACACAUCUGGGAAUAAACCUGAUGACGAGCCAUCAUCCUCAUCUUCCUCAGAAGAUGAUGUUGAUCAUAAUGAUAAAGUGCAGACAUCUACAAAGGGCAAGAACCCAGUCAAGGAAAAGGCUGAAGACAAAGCGAGAAGUAAGACAGAGGAGAGGGCGCCAGCUCAGAAGACUGUUGUGAAAAUGAGAGGCUUUCCAAGCAAUGUGGGUGAGAAAGCCAUCACAGAAUUCUUUAAGCCGCUCAAAGUCAAGGAAGUCAAAGUUCCAAAGAAUGCCAAAAGACGACCAAUGGGUGUAGCAUUUAUUGAAUUUCUGACAGACAAAGACCUGGACCAAGCUUUGAGGAAAAACAAAAACUUUAUAGGUGGGAAAAGAGUUUUCUUGAAUAAAAUCAUACAAGAUGUAGAAACACCACGGACACAAAAACCUCGUCCUUGGGAACUGAAGAAAUCUGAUGAUGGAACAGAAGAAGAAGGUAUUGUAGAGUCAGGUCGCCUGUAUGUCAGGAAUUUGGCGUAUGUCUGCACCGAGGAGCAGCUGGAGGAACUCUUCAGCAAAUACGGCCUGCUGACAGAAGUCAAUCUACCUGUGGACAAGAUAACAAAGAAGAUCAAAGGAUUUGCUCACAUCACCUUCAUGAUCCCAGAAAAUGCUGUAAAGGCUUACACUGAGCUAGAUGGAACAGUGUUCUUGGGGAGAAUGAUGCAUAUUUUACCAGGCAAGCCAAAGAAAGAAGACACACAAAUUACAGAAAACUCAUCUUAUAAGAAGCAAAAGGCAGCAAAGCAGAAAGCUACAGCAAACAGCUCACACAAUUGGAAUGCCCUUUUCCUGGGAGCUAAUGCAGUUGCAGAUGUUAUGGCAGACAAAUAUGGCACUUCUAAAAGUCAAAUUCUAAAUGUGGACACCAGUCAGAGUUUAGGGGUGAGGAUGGCCCUGGGGGAGACGCAGGUUGUUUCAGAAACACGAGAUUUCCUGACAGAGAACGGUGUACAGCUGGACUGUUUCAGCCAGCCGUCUGCUGCUCGGAGUAAAACUGUGAUCCUUGUGAAGAAUUUGCCAGUGGGCACAAGGUCAGAAGAGCUCAGAGAUGUGUUUUCCAAAUAUGGUGGUGUUGGGCGAGUAGUUUUACCUCCCUCUGGCAUCACGGCUGUUGUCGAAUUCCUGGAACCUUCAGAAGCUAGAGCAGCAUUCACAAAGCUUGCAUACACCAAGUUCAAGCAUGUUCCCUUGUACUUAGAAUGGGCACCAAUGGGAGCUUUGAAACCAAGACCAAAUUCACAACCAUCAACAAGUACAAAGAGUGAAGACGAGGAAGGGAAGAACAUAGAUGUAGAAGAUGCUAAGACAAAGAAGGACAAUGAUAGCGAUAGUGAAGAGGAGGCCACGCCCCAGGGAAAUGUUCUGUUCGUGAAAAAUCUGAAUUUUGAAACACGAGAGGAUGGAUUGAGAAAGUUGUUUGAAAAAUGUGGUCCACUAAGAAGUGUGACUGUGGCAAAGAAGAAAGACAUGAAAAACCCAGGUGAGUUCCUGUCGAUGGGUUAUGGGUUUGUGGAGUACAAGACACAAGCUGGCGCUCAAAAAGCACUGAAGGAAUUGCAGUAUGCUGAUCUGGAUGGCCACCAGGUGGCGCUGAAGGUCUCAAAUAGAGUGACGCUACAACCAGAAGGUACAGGCAGAAAGAAACAAAAAGAUGUGAAGCAGAAAUCGACCAAAAUCCUUAUCCGCAAUAUUCCGUUUGAAGCCAAGUCCCUUGAAAUUUUGGAACUGUUCAAAGUAUUUGGAGAAUUGAAAUCAGUUCGUUUACCAAAAAAGCUUGGUGGGACUGCACGGCAUCGGGGAUUUGGUUUUGUGGAUUUUCUCACCAAACAAGAUGCGAAGAGGGCGUUUAAUGCGCUUUGCCACAGCACCCAUUUGUACGGGCGUCGUCUUGUCCUGGAGUGGGCAGAGGCUGAGGAGAAUAUCGAAGAUCUGCGGAAAAAACGGCGGAGAUUUCAUGAUGAUUCCCCCAGAAAGCGGUUAAAGAAAUCAGAAAUGCUGAGUGCUUUGGGUGAAUGA